AUGUUGGUCAUAGGUCCCUACAGGCAGUCGCAGCCCAGCUGCUUUGAUUGUGUGAAGACGGGCUUUGUUAUGAGUUGUGCCAUGGGCAUGGUGGCCGGGGCACUGUUGGGCACCUUCUCCUGUCUCAGGAUCAGAAUGCAAAGUUGGGAACUUAUGGGCGGCAUUGAAAAGACCAUGAUGCAGAGUGACGUCACCUUUGGCACAUUCACGGCUAUCAGAAUGUGCGUACGAUGUUAA